AUGUGGCCGAUCGGACCGCUCUGUCUCGCGGUCCCCGAACCGGCAGUCCAGAGCAAAGACGACCGUGACAUCUCGGACUGGCUGGACUCGAGGCUCGCCAUGGACCGGCCGGUCCUCUACGUCGCGUUCGGCUCGCAGGCCGAGCUGAGCCGGGCGCAGCUUGAGGAGAUCGCCGUCGGGCUAGACCACUCCGGCGUAGACUUCCUAUGGGUGGUCCGGUCCAAAUGGUUCGACACGGGGGAUCGGUUUAAUGACAGGUUCGGAGAUAGGGGCAAGGUGGUGGAAGGUUUCAUCAACCAGCUGGGAGUGCUAAGUCACAAGUCAGUCAAAGGAUUUUUCACCCACUGCGGGUGGAACUCGGUGCUGGAGAGCAUCACCAUGGGUGUGCCAAUACUGGCGUUCCCGUUGGGGGCCGAGCAGAAGCUCAACGCCAAGUUCGUCGUGGACGUGGUCCACAUGGGGCUCCGAGUUUGGCCCAAAGAAGAUGCUGACAAGGAAGGCAGUGGAUUGGUUGUGAGUGGAGACGUGCAGGUGUUGGCGAGGGAGUUGAUCUUCGGAGAGGAAGGGCGACGUGCCGCGGCUAGAGCAAGUGAGCUAUCUGCGUCUUCUAGAAAGGCCAUGGAUGUGGGUGGUUCCUCGUAUGAGAACCUGACAAAGAUGGUUCACGAGGUCUGUGAGACCCGUGCCGGGAGUGAGUAA